GAGCGCAUGUCUGCGUGUGUGUAUAAAUAUACAUGGCACAUCACACAUCAGCUCUGUCCCUUUUCACUUCUGCUUUCACCUACCUUUUGCCUUCAAAUAGUUCCACCAGCAGUACAGCAUAUCUGUAAGCUGCACUGCCACUAUCAUAGGCUGGACAUCACCGCGACAGCUAUGAACAUUUCUGAGGAGGAGACAGGGGGCUUGUCUGACACCUCUCUGCCGCUGUGGAAUAUAACCCUUUCCGUAUUUUACAUCACGGUUUUCGUCAUCGCCGUGCCCGGGAAUGCCUUGGCUCUGUGGGCCUUCUGCCGACAGAACAGCACGUCCCCGUCCAAAGUCUUCCUCAGGAGCCUCGCUACAGCCGACAUCUGUUACGUCCUCCUUUUGCCCAUCCGUGUGGCCUACCAUCUCUCCGACAGCCCUUUACAAGACGUCCCGUGUCAAAUAUCAGGCUUCCUCUUCUACCUGAACAUGUACUGCAGCCUCUACUUAAUGAGCUUCAUCAGCCUGGACAGAUUCCUGGCUGUAGUCUUACCUAUAAGAUCACAGUCGGUGAGGAAGCCCCUGUAUGCAAGGGUAGCUGUUGCCAUACUUUGGGUGACAGUCCUUGUGACUACGAGUCCUAUACUUUUCUCUAAAACCAAGCCGCCCAGCUCACCUGGCAACUGCAGCAAGCUAUAUUUAGAAAAUCCAUCAUCCACUGCUUUGGUUUCCACUGUUGUAGCGUUUGCCAUUCCCUUCACCACCAUAGUAGUUUCCUACAUACUGAUUCUGUUGAAACUGAGGACUCUUAGGCAACGAGAAGAGCGGCCAGUGAAAGACAAAGCCAUUAAAAUGAUCAUACUCAUUCUUAUGAACUUCCUGUUUGCUUUCGUGCCGUACCAUGUGUGCAGGGUGGUCUAUAUUAAAAGAUGGCAAGAAGAAGGUGAUGGCAUGAACUCACUUUCCCUAAAAAGAGCCAAUCAGAUCACAUCUGCACUGACCUGUGUCAGUGGAAUACUAGAUCCUGUGAUGUAUUUCUUCUUGAACCGUGCAUACAGGGACACGUUACUUGAGCUGUUCUGUAAAAAUAGAGAACGCGAAGACGAAUGAUGUAGGUAAUAAAGACUUUUAAACCGA